AUGGCUGCAGUGGAUAAGGAUGUGGCUGAAAAGUUUUUGGACAGUAAUCCUGCAUUUGCAAAGCAGUAUUACGAUUCCAGAUUCCGCUCCAAGAUCAUCUCAGACUUGCUGUCCACCACGAAAAAGACAGAGAUGGACAUCAGUAAAUUCCACGACCUGUCCUCUGUGGAGGAGAGCGAGGUCGUGUUUGACAUGGUGCGCGACCUUCAGGAUAAUUUACACAUGGAGCGCGCUAUCUUCAACCUGAUGAGGCACCUGUCUUUCAUCCUGCGCGCCGACCGCAUGAGUCUGUUCCUCUACCGACAACGCAACGGCAUGGCUGAGCUGGCCACCCGCCUUUUCAACGUCCACAAAGACACCACGUUCGAGGAGUGCCUGGUGCAACCCGACAGUGAGAUCGUUUACCCUCUGGACAUGGGCAUCGUGGGGCACGUGGCGACCACCAAGAAAAUUGUCAAUGUGCCCGACGUCACCCAGGACAGCCACUUCAGCGACUUUGUGGACACCCUGACAGAGUACACGACCAAGAACGUGCUGGCCACGCCCAUCCUUAACGGCAAAGACAUGGUGGCCGUGAUGAUGGCAGUGAAUAAACUCGACGCCCCGGCUUUCACCAAACAGGAUGAGGAGAACUUGAAGAAAUAUCUCAACUUCGCCAAUCUCAUUCUGCGAGUCUUCCACCUGAACUACCUACACAACUGUGAAACCAGGAGGAGCCAGAUAUUGCUUUGGUCUGCCAGCAAGGUGUUUGAGGAGCUGACUGACAUUGAACGACAGUUCCACAAGGCGCUCUAUACCGUGCGAGCCUUCCUCAACUGUGAUCGGUACUCCGUGGGCCUCCUGGACAUGACCAAAACGAAGGAGUUCUUUGACCUGUGGCCGGUCCUGAUGGGGGAAGUACCACCGUAUGACGGGCCGAAGACCCCUGAUGGCAGAGAAAUCAUUUUCUAUAAAGUGAUUGAUUACAUAUUGCAUGGAAAGGAGGAUAUCAAAGUCAUCCCAUCCCCUCCGGCGGAUCACUGGGCUCUCCUGAGCGGGCUGCCCACCUACGUGGCGGAGACCGGGCUGAUCUGCAACAUUAUGAACGCUGCUGAAGACGAAUUCUUUAGCUUCCAAAAAGAGCCCUUGGAUGAAUCUGGCUGGACAAUCAAGAAUGUUCUCUCUUUGCCAAUCGUCAACAAGAAAGAAGAGAUUGUAGGCGUGGCCACGUUCUACAACAGGAAAGAUGGAAAGCCAUUUGAUGAAAUGGAUGAAGCACUAAUGGAGUCUCUAACGCAGUUCCUGGGCUGGUCAGUGCUCAACACAGACACCUACGACAAAAUGAACAAGCUGGAGAACCGUAAAGACAUCUUUCAGGACAUGGUGCUUUACCACGUCAAGUGUCGCAAGGAUGAGAUUCAGAAUAUCCUGAACACACGAGAACGUUACGGGAAGGAACCGCACGACUGUGAUGAGGACGAGCUGGAAGACAUUUUGAAAGAGGUUCUGCCCAACUCUAAGCAAUCUGAGAUCUUUGAGUUUCAUUUCUGUGACUUUGAGUUCUCAGAGCUGGACCUGGUGAAGUGUGGAAUAAAAAUGUACUAUGAGCUGAAAGUGGUGGACAAGUUCCACAUUCCUCGCGAGGUCCUGGUGAGGUUCAUGUAUUCUCUCAGCAAAGGCUACAGGAGAAUCACUUACCACAACUGGAGGCAUGGUUUCAACGUGGGCCAGACCAUGUUCACACUGCUGAUGACAGGUGACCUGAAACGCUACUACACAGACCUGGAGACCAUGGCAAUGGUUACAGCUGGCUUCUGUCACGACAUAGACCACCGCGGCACCAACAACCUCUACCAGAUGAAGUCUGGAAACCCACUGGCAAAGCUCCAUGGCUCUUCCAUUUUAGAGAGACACCACCUGGAGUUUGGAAAGACCCUGCUGAGAGAUGAGGCUUUGAAUAUCUACCAGAAUCUCAACCGGCGACAGCAUGACAUAGUCAUUCACUUAAUGGAUAUCGCUAUCAUAGCCACAGACUUGGCUUUGUAUUUCAAGAAAAGAACCAUGUUUCAAAAGAUUGUCGACCAGUCCAAGACCUAUGAGGACUGGAAUGAGUGGACCAAAUACAUGAUGUUGGAGACGACGCGUAAAGAGAUUGUCAUGGCUAUGAUGAUGACCGCCUGUGACUUGUCUGCCAUUGCUAAACCGUGGGAGAUCCAGAGCAAGGUGGCGCUGUCAGUGGCUGCAGAGUUUUGGGAGCAGGGUGACCUGGAAAGGACAGUCCUGGAGCAACAGCCCAUUCCCAUGAUGGACAGGAAUAAAGCGGAAGAGCUGCCCAAACUGCAGUGUGGUUUCAUUGAUUUCGUCUGCGCUUUUGUGUACAAGGAGUUCUCCCGCUUCCACGUGGAGAUCACCCCCAUGCUGGACAGGCUGCUGAAUAACAGGAAGGAGUGGAACGCCCUGAAGGAGAUCCACGAGGCCAAGGUGGCCCAGCUAGAGGCAGCCAAGAAAGAGAAGGAGGAGGCAGCAGCUGCCGCAGCGGCAUCCAAGAGUGGAGGGGCCAACGGUCCGGUGGCAGCGCAAUCCAAGACCUGCGUCAUCUGCUAGACUACAGACAGCAAUUACACGCUUACUCCUCCG